UAAGAUACAAGCAGUAAAGAAUAAACUCUUGACAGAUUGAACAUAACUUAUCUUUGGAAUCUUUAAUCUACCAUUUAAUUUAAAAUAUUUUUUAAAUUAAAAUGUUCAGUUUUGAAUCGUUGAGUUUUGGUAUUUUAAUUAAAAUUCGAUUACAUUCUUCCCCUCUUUCCCUUAGAAGUUCUGUAGUCAUUAAAAUAUUUAAAUAAGAUUUUCUAUGCAAAAUUUUAAUGAUUUUGAUCAAAUUUGUUCUUAAAACCUUAAAAAAACAAUGUUUCAAAUCUCUUUUACUGCAUUUACGGGAAAGCUACCUGAUAUACAAUUAGAAAUAUUUUCUAAUAGGAAUCGUUCCUGUAAAAUUACGUAAAAUAACGUUUGACAGAAUUCGAGAAAUUGACAUCGGUGUGUCUAUGUCAAUGAGUUUCGAUCGUUUAUACUGAAACAUCACACAGCGGCUUCGGAACACAUCCCGUGAAGAAGAGCGGUGGAAGCAAGGCGGGACAGGCAGGAGCGUAAACAAGGGGAAUGCAUCGCGGGGGUGGCACGACGAGGUACGAGGGCGAGGGGUUAUACUCGUCGCUCAUGCGCGCCUGGAACCCCGCCCUGUCGCUUCGGACCACGGCCUGUCCUGUCGAGGACUCCUCGCCGAGGUGGUCGAAUAGUCACGCUUUGACCCGCGAUCCGCGAGGCGGACGGCACUCGCCAGGAACGCCGCUGGUGCUCGUACGCGAGAGGGAGGAGGAGGUGGUGGAGGAGGAGGCGGAGGAGGAAGAGGAAGAGGAGAAGGAGGAGACCCCGUGAACAUCUGUCCUGGUCCCUCAGUCCGUCGUACCUCUAUCGCGAUACGGUUCUCCCCCCGCGAGAUCGCAGGAUCAACAAGAUCAACCGUGAUCUGAUCGUGGCGGCCGGUGUGUAUGUGUGUGUGUGUAUGUGUGGGUAGGUGUGUGUGCGUGUUGUGUGCUCCAUGUACCCAGGAAGGAUCGACGACGGCGGAUCGAUCGUCGGGUAUACGCGACGGGGAGUCACGCGUGCGACGGGAAUUUCGAGAUCGGGGCGCGAAUCCGAUACCGAUGCCAAGUAUUCGCUGCGUGGCAACUAGUUGCGGAUGCGAGCUGGUGUUAAACGGGAGCCGCCGUUAAGUGUUACCGCCGAAUGGUCCGUCGGAAGCCAGGUAGGACGACGACGACGACGGGUAGAUCGCGUCGAGGUGCCAUCAGGAUUCACUCGCACGGGUUUUAAAUCGCCAAGAGUGGCACCCUACUGCACUUCCGCUGGAGACAGACACCUCGGUGAAUCGAUCUGGAGCGCGUGGCACAGAUCGUCAAUUAUCGCGACCGUUGUUGAUUGCGAAUGUCUGGCGACAGCGCAGCGGCUUAACAUCUCGGAUGAAAAGCACCUUUAAUUAGCGAGGAAAAAGUUGACAAUUUGUGGCUUCCUCUAGCAUAAUUUACGAUCAAUCCUAAAGCUGGCGAGCAACCGGUAGGAGCGUAGGGGACAGGAGAAAUAGUCACGGCGACCUGCUGCUUGUCAUAUAAGUUUAACAUACGCGAUAUCGAUAUCCUUUGACUCGAUAUCCGUCGUUCAAAUAUCACAACGUGCGCCUUACCAAUUACCAAAACAAACAAACAAACAAACAAACAAACAAAAUAGAAAACGAACGAUAGGCCUAACUUGGGAUCAAACAGAUUAACAAUUUCGAAAAAUAGCACGCGAUUUUUGUAACGCGUGAGAAGAUCGCCAGCUUUCACGAAGAUUUUUCAUAUACGUGCGCGCAUUAUCGAAAUGCAUGAUUUCCUGCAAAACGGCAGCGGCUGAAAGGUCGCGAUCGAUCGGCUCAAUUUGAUAACCCAAAGGAACCUUAAAGCGUGCAAGGUCGUUAUAUAUAUAGCGAUAAGGUAGGGACUUUCCGUGGCUGAAAAAUCGAGGAGGAAAGAGUCGAGAAAGGUGCUCGCGCGGCGAAGGAGAGUCGCCUAGUAGUACAUGGCCUACCUACACGCGAUGCCGAGAUUUACAAGCAUCCAUUACUCGAGCAAGCGUCGAACCUGAGAGAGGACCUCCAGACGCAACGAUAAUCGAAUUCAUCGAGUCCCGUUCGCGUGAUGCCCGUGCCAAGGCCGUCGCGAGAAGGCAUGCUUGAGCCUUUGCGAAGCAAAAGCGCGCAGCGUCGAUUGCAAGAUCUUGCUUCAUGUUGCUCCUCGAGAUUUCGGCAGGAUAUUCGCAACGAUAGAGCAUUCGUCGGUAAUGAUACAAUAACGCGAGAUUAUCGUCGAUUCGAGAAUCUCGAGUAACUGCAGGCAGCUGCAGCACAAAUUCGCACGCAAAUUGUAUCCUGAUUUUCUUUUGUAUCGAAGAACUCAAGUCGUUCGAUGAAAUCCCCGUCGGUCUACACGACGAAGCUCCCUGACGACAUCGAAUUUCGAGACGCAAACGAGUUAGUAAACGGCCUCGCUCAAUGCUUCCUAGCAAAAGGAACUUUCCUAGGAAUCAAGUUCACUUGAUCCCCGAUGCCCCGCCGGAGCCGUCCACGAGGAAACCGAUGAUCGAUGCGUGUCUAUUCGACAGUUGAUCCCGGAGGAUCAGAAACCUCUUCUCUCCCCAGAAUCGCCUCUAACGAACGAAGCGAUGAUCGGCCUGUAGAUCGGCGCGCUCGAUGAACCGAGCGUCGAGCAGCAGCCAACACCACCCGAAGAAGAAGAAGAAGAAGCCGUAGAAGAAACUUAAUCGCGUAGCGUCGUCUCGAUUUCUCGAGAGAGCCGUCCCGGGUAAUGCGCGGAAGCAGCUCCGAGCUCCUGCUGGAGGCGAGCUGCAGCCAGUGCCAGAGCGAAUACGAACGGGGACAGGGUCGGGACAGCGACGAGCACGACUUCCACGAACGGGAGCUACGUCGUCGCAAACUGUUGGAGCUCGGGUUCGGCGCGUCGCGGCGCCGACCGCCACGGCGUACCUGCCGUCAGCGGUUUAACUUCUACGCGACAUCGGCGCUGGCCUUCGUCGCCACCUCAGGCGGCGCGGCGCUCCUCUUUCUGGUCCCGCUCUACGUCGACCCGGCCAUCAGCACCCUAGCGGCGGACUUCUCGCCGGAGCCGGUUGUAUGCACGACCUCGCGGCGCGAGGACCGCGCCGGUCUCUUCAACUGCACAUGGAGCUCGUGCCGCGAGGGAUGCACCAGUGACGUGUACAGCUGUACCCACAUAUACGUCACGUACACGCCGUGGAGUAACGCCAGUAUGAAGAACGACACCGGCGGCAGGAACACCACCGCGAACACCACCACGGCUGAUCUGGGUACCGUCACUGCCGUGUCCUCUCCGGGGGACGUCGAGGCGGUGCUGUUGGUGAACAUCAAGGGCUGCGGAUAUCCGCCGGUGGUCGACUGUAAGAACUUCACCCGCGAGUUGGGUUACGAGGGCGCCAGAUUCCCCUGCCACUACAGCCGGGUGAACGGUAGCAUAGUGUUGGCAAACUAUAAUCGCGAGGCACAGGUCGCUAUCAUCAUGCACUUCUUCGCGGCGCCUUUCGUAGUGACUCUCGCGACCAGCGUCGCGCUGUGUGUGAUGCACUGUGACUGCAGGUGCUCGCCGCCACCGCGACACCCGCCGCGCGGCAUGAGAAGAUCCAGGGCCAACGACCUCAGCUGCUGCAUGAGUAUAAAAAAUCGAUAACUGGUUAGAAGCGUGCCAGAAGUCGUCCGAUUUAGAAGGUGUAUUUGACGAGGCAAAUAAACUUUCUAAACUAUACGUAAGACAAAGACGACUUAACAAUGAUGUUACUACCACCGUACUUACUGUCGUCGUGAAACGAUGCUAAACUCUUUCGGCUGCAAAUACUGCCUUAGAAGGUAUCUCAAAGAUCAUUAUUCAAGGAUUGAUUGGUGUAAUCUUAUCAAUCUUCGUGUUCCGUUGUGCAUAAAUAUUUAUUCAUGUGACCGUGUGUUAUCAAACCAAACAAUCUUCUUAAAGUUUCUCUCUAAAUUUCUUCAUUCUAUUUUAUAUAUUCAAAACAUUGACAAAUAACUUAUUUUUAUUCGCGUUACACAAUAAAAUCAAGAAUUUAAUCAAAAUACAGUCGUAAUUCUCUCUACUGUCAGUUAUUCUGAUUAAAAUCAUUUGAAAUGUUCAAGAUACCUAGAAUUAUUAUACAAAAAAGUGUUCUCUUUAAAAAAUUAUUUAUGAAAAUUAAUACCUCGGUUGCCAUUGUCUUGGAGCGCGAAAGCAAAAUAAAAAUAUAACUAUGAUAAUAUUUUUUUUUAAUGUAACAAUAAGAAGUAUCAAUUGAAUUAAAUUUUAAAUUUAAAACCGCUAUGACACUUCUCCGCUUUCGCAAUAUCAUCGUUCGAUUUAGAUAUUUACAUUGACUUACGUUGCUUUUACCGAGAAAGCUUAUUAUUGCAUGCAAUUCAUAGUACUUUGCUGUAAAAUGAUACAGAUCUAUGUUUCUUCUGACUCGCUAUAAUUUACAUGCAAAACGCUUUGCCGCAAAUACCAAUGCUUUUUUGAUACACGACGGAACACGGAGCGCUGCCUUAGGAAUAGAAAUACACAUUUAUCAUAUUAUUACAGAAAAGAGUGAAUCGCAGAAACGGAAAUCGGAUAUCGAUUCAUCACAUCUCUCUCUUGUAAUCUCCGCUAAUUAGCAUCCAAAAGGCGCAUUCAUCUCAUUAACGAAACGAGUGCGCUGCCGAAAGCCGUGACUGCGCUCUCCGUGCAACGCAAUGAACGUGUAAAAAGAGAUCUCUAGUUAUCGAUCGGAUGCCGUAAGUAACUCCGUGCAUUCGGAGUAAUUGACAGCUCUCUCUCUCACGAACGUUGAUAUGUUGCGUGAACAAGCAUAGAGCAGCGCGUAACUCGCGUAACUCGCGUAAUCUAUCAUUCUUCCGAAUGUCUCUUUUCCUCUCCCAUUAAUUUUUCUUCUUAAUUGAGUCGUUGAGCGAACCGUAGUAAUAUAUAUCACGUAAGUCACAUUUUUCUCAUUAAAGUAAGAGGUUUUAUAAAAGUGCCUCCUAUAAAAUCCUGUUAAUGUAUUAUAGCAAUUUUUCUAGAUCAACACAUGACUGUCUAAAGUACUUGAACGGAAUAUCCUAACAAAACCACUUGAAAUAAAAAUACCGGAAGUUUUCAAGUCACGUCAGACUUAUCAACUACCAUACCGUCUAAAUUAUACAACUUGCAAUCGUUGACUUACCGUGCUUAUAGAUACUAUUUCGCUCAACCGCUGAAUUUCCGCUAUCGCAUGCCCUCUCCGCACAGAUAAACGCUAUACCAAGAGAAAUAAAAGGGACCAGAAAUAAAAGAAAUUGUUGAAUCAUGAAAUCACAUGUCAAGAAGCUAGUGCUAAUAAACAGCCCGCAGGGCAGCAAGAAUAAAAAAAAAAAAGAAUUGUAGUGUUUUAUUUCUACAAUAUACUCUCUAAUACCUCGUCGCAUACGCCGAAGAAAACCGCUGGAAAUGGACUUGUCGAGUUCCGUGCCAUGGCUCUACGUGAGUGAAAUAUUAAUUCACGUUCAAGUGACGGCAAAUGCAAGAAGUAGACUGUGCGAUUGAAAUCAAAAACUCCAGGCGAGGUUUUUCUGCUGUUUUUGAGCAUUGCGAUUCAACGUGACGCGCCUUGAGGGCUCAUUUCCUCUUCGAAAAUCACCUUGUUAUCUUUCUACUUUCGACCGUUUGUCAUUUCUACGACGAGAGUAUUAGAAGACGGGGACUCGGGGGUGGCGAGGAUGACAGCUAGCAAAUGGCAGCCUCGGCUGUCAUACAUCAGAUUUGGAUUAACUGGCGACCCUGGCCGUGUUGCCUCUUUGUCUCUUGUUUCUCUCUCUCUCUCUCUUUCUCUCUCUCUCUCUCUCCUUCUCUCUCUUUGUCUCUCUCUCUGCUUUUUCUCUUUAUAUCUCUUCUUUUCCACUUUUCUUCGCAAAGUUGUUUGCUACUGAACGUACCGCGUGUGUUUCUACCGCAAAUGGUAUUUUCGUUGUUUCAGGAUUUUUCUUUUAUCUCGCCAGACCACGAGAGUUGUCGCACAAAUCGUUGUAAUCCGUACUAACGUAAUUAUGUUUGCCCGAACUUCCGAGAUUAUCCGGGUAAUCGCGUUCUACCUGAAUGAAACUGGCAUAUAUCAUUUCUCGCAGUUGACGCUUAGAUAUUUCUACUUUCAGUGAAACUGUCGCCGUCGAUCCUCGUUUUAAGUAGUACAAGUAAAGAUACAAAUCGUCGUAGAAUUUAUGUAAAGGUUAUACAGAUAAUAGAGAAAAAAGAAAAGAUAGUGCGAAAUAAAAAAUGUUGUUAUGAGAAACAUAGAGUCAAGUCAUAUAGUAUUCCUGCAUUCCACGGAAUUUUUACGCGACCACCUGAAAGCGAUCCAUUAAAUCAACCAUUUUGCAUGUCACGCUGUUUGAUCUCAGUUCAACGAUACCCUCGAAAUUUGUCGUGUGACAGAGGAAAGACGCGAUACACGAUACUGUUGUCGUGUCACUGUUCCUGGAGAUCAUGUUUCAUAUCAAAGGAGAGCAAAGAUAAAGUACAUCGAAUUCUGUUAUCGUAUCCUUCUUCCUCAGAAUUUUCCACGGGACAGAACGGAUAAGCCGACCGUGCUAUGAAAUACGAGAAAUUCCUCUCAAACGCGGAAAAUUCAUCUCUGAUACACAUCCGCGUGCUAACAUCGUCGUGCUAACGAUUACGGCAAACUUUUCGCUUGGACAACUUCUCUCGGUGUAUAAAUUAUACGAAAUAAAUAGACUUGUAAACGCGAUAAGGAACACUUCCAUUUGCGGCUUUCAUAAGGAGAGCGAAAGAAAAUCAAAGAGUUAAAUCUCUCUCUCUCUCUCUCUCUCUCUUUCUCUUUCUUUCUCUCGAAUUUGUAUUUUGUGAAAAGUACAUCUUGCGAAAUAAUAGAUACUUUGGUAAUUCGUUUUUCUCCGAGAAUCGAGCUUUCGGAAAGAAAUAAGGGAAAAAAUAGUGUACUUAGACGUACUCGUUAACUUACGACCAAGAUGGCAUCAUACGUAAGCGGAUGAAAGGGUUAAAGGAGAAUCCUCUCGAACUUUUAAUUGAAACAGCGCUUUGAAGGAGCCAUAGCUUCGCGUGUCAACACGCGAAUAAGAGAAUGGUCUCGAGAACUACAUUUUACGACGUGGCUGAAGUCUCCGCGGCUAUUAGCGCGAGGAUGAAUGGGAUUUUAAACUGGCGCAUCGGAGGUGGCCCCUUUAAACAUGCCGAGGACAGUUAAGUCGGGAAGAAUGUCGCGCGCAAAAGUUACCGUCAUUUGUAUCUUUCGUUAUUCAAUGACAUUCAUGACUGGUCCCCUCCCCACAGUUGGAGCCCGGCCAAAAACUUGCAAAAGAAUAUACUCUUUUGCUCCCUCGCGGGUUAAUUUAUAAGUAAUCUCCAUUUAUCCAGCGGCUUCCUGGCAAAUUGUAGUCAAAAACAUUUUUACAUAAAAUUAUUAUUCAAAAUACAAUGUCAAAAAAUUGUUACUUCUUAUUUUUAGAUUUAUGCAGAAACGAUCAUUCAGCUGAAGCAUCCGUACUGUGACAAUGACAAGUGAUGUAAUCGAUAGAAGUAUUUGUUACAUUUAUUAAAAGUUCUAACGGAACAGAAAACUGAUUACUUUUACGGAUUUCCAAUCAUACACCAUAUAAUGCUAAACUCUUAACGAGUGAUAGUAUUUUUCGUACAUUUUACACGUAAAAUGUAAAUAAUACAUUUAACAAAGUGAGGCAUUAAAGCACAUUAGUUGUUUCACGUUUCCUUUGUUCCGCGAUACUUAUAAUUGGACUGACAUUUACGCCAAUUAGCCUGAAAAGUUAUAGCUUUAUUCUUAUUCUGAUUAAUCACGUCCCGUAACGGCACGCCCAACGGAUAUGGGAAGAAUAAACGUUGGAAUUUCCAAUUAUGCGCGCACUGCAUGGCUCCUACCGGCGCGCGGUUAAUUUGACGUUUGAGCAAUGCCGCCCCGUACGCUCCGGACGUAUGAAGCUACAGCUGCUUCAUUUCGCAAAUCGCUCGCGACGGCGGGGGCGAAAAAAAAAUUGGCAGUGAUCGAGAGAGGGAUAAAUAAAUAGGGUAGAUCAUUCAUUCUGUCUCGCGCAUAAACACCCACACGCACACGCACACACACACACACACACGCAAUGCAGCUGCCUGCAAUUGAAUUUGCCCUGCAUUCCUCGGUGGAGAGAGUAGCGCGUGCUGUGCUGCUGUAGCUUUACAAUCCCAUUAAAUAUUUAUUUAAUUUGAAACGCUGGCACGAUUGUUUACGAUCCUCGUAUACGCAUCGUUACUUCGUAUCGCAUCUACGUUGUCACGGACGCUAGCGUGUCUAAACGGAUGACUCAUAAUCGACGGCAGCAUCGAAAAACGUUUUAUCGCGUGCGGGAGAAGAAACGCAGGCAGAAAAAUGUAAUCUGUCUUUUACAAAAAUCGACCGCGAUUUAAUCUAGUUAUAAUUUAAGUCGUAAGGAUGGAGAGAGAGAGAGAGAGAAAGAGAGAGAAAAUGCACUUUUAUCUCGCGCAUUCAUCAGGAGCGUAAAGCGUUUUUUUUUUUUUUUUGCGAGAUCGUAUUUCGUUGAUUUCUCGUACGUGAUAUAUCACAAUUUUAUUGUAUCCAUCUAUCUUUUGAUAUAAACCCGCGCAAAAGUUUUAUUUACGGACUUAUUAAUUUUUUUCCUUAUAAAUGCGUCACUCCGCUGCCUUGCUUAUGUCAAAUAAUUACCGCGCGCUUCGUAAUUCGUCGGAUUAUCGCGAUUGGUUAUAAACGCGUAAUUCGCAUGUUAAACCGCACAUGGGUACGCACGAUUUUACAGCCGAUGUACGAUCAGACGGAGGCUUAAGGGCGGCCCAGCUUCACCGAAGCGCACGCAAAAUACAGUUGCAAUACCGGAUGCUUAAUUGCUUCGUGUUGCACACGGCGUAUAACUGCCUCCGCCUCCAACGCGGAGGCGUUUGCGGUAACGGCGAUACAUCGAAGGAAGAUUAACUCCACGGAGCUUAACCUGCAACGGGUUUAAUCUGACGGAGAAGGAUAACGGAAACCUAAAAGGGGAUAUUAAUUGUGAGAAAACCGGCAUUUCCGAUGCCCCUAGAAUUUCCCGAAAUUUAACGCUCUUUCAGAAUAGUAUUCUCUGACAGUUAACCGCUAUUUUAAGGUAUAACAGAUCCGAUGACUAAGGAUUAAAUAAACUUUAAUUACAAAACAAAUGUGAGGAGAGUGAUUAAAAUGAUCUAUCCUCUUAGGUAUUCCGAGGGAAAAGACAAGAUCUCUGAACGGGGGCAGAAAUUUGAGACAUCGCGGUAUGAGAAAUUCUCGAAUUACAUGUAAGAAGAAAUACAAAUGAAUACAAAUUCAUUUAAGAUCGAAAUGCAACGUAAAAUUUGGUAGACCAAUUUACCAAAUAAUUCUGUUUCGUUAGGAUAAACGUAACGAAAUAUUACGUGUUUCUAUGCUCAACGCUCUUUGUUGUCUGAACUAAUAUUUUGUUUCUCAACAUACCGAGUGCCUUCUCUCGCGCGAGGCGAAACUUCCGGAAGGAGGAAUUGCACGUGCGAUUACUGCCACGGUCCCUUACAUUUCCCACCCGUCGCUUUUACAAUGGACCCAUUCGGCAUUUCCGCCAUUACUACCGCUAUUUAUUCAAUCUUGCUACCGCCCGUGCUCGACCGUUUAUUCCCAUCUCGCGAAAUUACGGUUUCGAUCAAACUAAAUCAGUUCACGAUGCACGCCGAGGUCGCGCCAUUACCACGCACACACACAGGUAUCGUCUUUUACACGCCACAUGAUCUUACGGUAUCGCACACAUCCACUGUUGCAGCUACGUAGCAGCGGCAGGCGCCACUGUUCGAUACGAUCGGCGUAGAAGUGGUUAUCUAGCUCGCCAUUAGGCACGAUUGUAGUUUAAUUGCUUUUGACGUACGUUCCGGCCACUCCAGUCAUUUUAAAAGUAGAGUCUCGAAUCUCGUGGAAUCUCCGCGGCUUAACGGAAAUCACGAGAAAUAUUAUCGAAGGCUUUUAUGGGAUUUCGCGCUUUUAAUUAUGAUUAAAAGAGUGAACUCUAACGGAGAGCAGAAGUUGAAGGUGGAAGUUGAAGUAAGAUUAAUGUCGUGAAAGUGAAGAGCGAACUCGAAAAUAUUUUUACGACCGUUCCGAGAAUAAUCGUCUUUCAUAAGUUUCGGUAAUUAAAGUAGAGUCGAGUCGCAUCAUUUAUCGCAACAUUUAUUUGAACACAAGUAACUUGAGCGGAAUCGCGAAAAGUUCCGCGGGAAUAUCGCGCACCUUUGUGACCAGAGAGCGAAGGUUAAGAGGGAAUUUUUAGAAAUUCAUAACUUAGCAGCUCGGAAAAAUUAUCCAUUGAAAUUUGCUCGGUUUCCUCAGAUAUAUGAAACGGUGCCAACGUUGUUGUUGUUGUUGUUGUUUACCGUUUCGCGAUGUCGCGCUGAAAGUUUGCUGCUGUCCGCCACACGACAAGGAAAAGUCGCCGUGCUAGAAACAAUAUGAGGAGCGGAAUGCAGGCCACAUGGCGCGUCUCUUUGGAGUGCAUUUCAUGUGUGCCUUCGUUCGUGAAACGUUCGUGGAACGAGUUUGCCUUUUCGCGUAAAGAGUUCUCGAUUAUUCGCACUUCAACUAUUUAUCGAUAGUCAUAGAGAUUUCGUCCAAAAUCAAAGUCAAUUAGAAAUACGUGAGCUUGGAUGCGCUGGACGCGACAACAAUGCAAUCGAUAACGCGAAUUUCUGGCAACAUAAUUAAAAUCGAUAGUAAUUUGAUUGGGCAACGAGAUCAUACGUAACAUAUAAUAAUUACUGAUGGCGUAUUCUGUAAAUACCGCUGUCUCCAUUUAAACCGUAAUUAUUUAUCGGCGCUGUUGACAUUAAUUACCAACAUCUCUAUGAAGCGCUAUCAUAUCAAACAGCUUCGAUUUCAAUCGAAGUUGUUUUAAUUCAUUACAUUCCUUUCGUCUAAUCUCUCGUCAUCAAUUUUAUAAAUAUACGAAUACCAUGACAGUGCAAGCUGUAUAUAUAUAUAUAUAUAUAUAUAUAUGACUGCGAAUAACAUUUGGAACGUGCUCGAAAAUCCGGAAACGGAAUUUUAGAGAAGGAACCUUUGAAUUCGAGUACCGUUGAGACUCUGCGGCUUCAGGUCCCGCGCGUACCUGUAAAUUCUAAUAGUGUUGUUACGCAACGCUCGUGUGUGGCAGGUACGCGAUAAAUAUUCAAUUUAUGUCAGUCGCUAACAACUCUGUCGAGCCGCGACUGGUCCUAAAUUGAUCGAUCCGUUUUUCUGCGAUCGAAUACUGAACGCGAUGAUUGACGCGUUCAGUAUUUAUUCAGGCACGUGUAUAUCAGACAGGUAUAUAUCAAGCUUGCCUACAAGUCGGUAAAUCUUUGCCUAUUGGCCGGGCCAGUAAAAACGAUCCUAAUACGUUUAGCACGUCCCGUCGGAUAAGUUAUGCACGAAGUGUAGAGCGUUGAAUCGAGUUUCCAAGCGGUCCGGCGAACAGAUGGCGAAACACCGUUCAUCGAUCGUGUCCCCUGUCGUCUUGCUGCCAGUUCCCAGCGAAGGGUAGUCACGAUACGGCGAAAAGUAUUUCAAAUAUGGGAUUCAUGCAUUCACCUGGAUCGGUCCCUCGUUUCGCCCACGCUGUCAACAAACUAUUUUGAUUUAGCAAUUUAUUCUCUUUAUGCGCUCGCCAGGAUUUUAUAUCCGAAUUUUUGCCAUGUGUUCUGAAUAAGAUAACGAUUCUGUAACACAUGUAAUGAUGAAUUAUGCAAUGCGUGAUAUGAUACAAUAUGAGACAUGUGGUAACAUAUUAAAAUGCGUAGUGAAUUUUAAUAUUUUAAUAGGAUAUCAUAUGUUAACUAAAUAAAAAAAAAUACCGAAAAAAAUGUUAGUAUAAUACUCUAUUUUUUUUAAUUCAAGAGAAUAAUUCCAGAUUAUUGAAAUUUAAGCGGCUUAGAAGAAAAACAAAGGCAGAUUGUUGUAAAAAUCUUUUAAGAACGGGGCCUCGUUCAAUUUUAUCUAUUUGUUCAUCUUUCAGAACCUUGCGGCAUUAUCAGCUUAUACAAUGUGUAAAAUAUGUGAUUAAAAUGCGUGUUGAAUUUUAAUAUUGUGUGAUAUGGGAACUAAAUACAGAAGGGCACAAAUACCGAAGGGUGAAAACCGUUAAUAUAGUUAUAACGUUCUAUUUUUUUAAUUCAAGGCGAAUAAUUCCAGGGCGACUAUCAGCUCUACCUUAAAGCUGUCUUUUAAUAACAAAAAUAAUGCAAUUACGGAAAGAAACUUCUUAUAGCGUACAUCUUAAAUUUUGUGGCACGUAAGCGUGGUAAAUUAGAUUUUCUCAAGUAAGAAGUUGGCGCAAGUGUGUACUUGAAUGAAGUAUGCGAGCCCGAAGCGGAGGGUCGGUCUCCCUGAAAAUCAAAUGAAGCAAUUCCGGUGAAAUCGUUUCAGAGAACUACUAUAAGCUCGGUUUCAGUGUGCAAACCGUAAUUUCUGUUGGAUCGCCAAAAUUAUGUUCCUGAAAAUGCCGAUAUGGAUCGGCAAAAGAACGUAUGGGGCAUUCUUCGCCUAAAAUUGUAUAGCGACUAUACAUUAUAACAUAAAUUCAUAGAAUACAAUCGCACGGCUAUUUUCGCUCCCACCUUUCCACACUGUUGGUGUAGGUAGUUUGGUUUAUUUAUUUAUUUCAUUUCAUUGAUUUAUUUCCUACCUUUUACAGAUCCAUCAAUAUUUUCAGCGGGAAUUUAUCGCGCUUAAUUUUCGCGAUUGCCCCAGGCGAAUACAGGCGUACAUAUGUACGUACACGCCGUAACAAGUCACUUAGGAAAAUUAUAUCGAUCCGCUGCGUUUCGUGGCGGGCGAGGAGGAGGAGGGAGGGGGAGAGAGAAAGAAAAAAGCGACUUGCAAAACGAAACGAGAAAAAUCCGUGACCGAGGUGGUCGAUCGAGAGGAAUGCAGCCCGGCAAGGACAUUGGGUGGUGAUAUAAUAAAAAGAGAGAUCGUAAGUUUCUUGCGGUAUUUCUUUCGUCGCCAUUCUUCGGCCCGAAGGACGGCUGGCGUGGGCGUCGAAAAUGCACUUCGCUCCAUUCGUUUUUCCCGGUGUGUAUUGGCCGACGCUCACUGUUUUGCCAUCCUAUCGCGUUUAUUUUCGUUACAGAUCCCGCAACGGAUUGUCAAUCGGCUGUUUGUUUUAUUUUAUUGACUUAAAUAAUUUCACUGCGCGAAUGCGAUCUAUAAAGGCGAACGAUAAAGGACGAAAUAAACAUCUUCAUGGUUCGCCUUUCGUGUUCAUUUCAUAUUUAUCGAUGAGAAUGAACGACUUAUCACAUAACGGGAGGUAGCUAUCUUUGAAAUAAAGUUACAUAAACUGAUGAAUAUUCAUAUAGUCUUUUGCAAAAUUUCACAAAAUCCGUUUCCCCACAGAGAUGCACUUCACUACCGCGACAUUCCCACUCUUUUCGCAGCAAUAAGAAACAGUUUCGUGUAACGAGUCGCGCACCAUUUUGUCGCGGCUGCUUUUUUCUCUUCCGUCCGUAAUGGAGCGUCGGAAAUAUACUUACUUGACAGCUACAAGUUGCUGCUGGGGAAUUUGCGCGCCAUCCAGACAACUGGACACGAGCGACUUGUUGUGCUUCUCGGAAAAGUUCCCUUGGGCGUGCGACAAAAAAAAUUAAACGUGGGCAGCGUGACGUGCCGGUGUUUUAAUUCAAAGAUUCCUUUUUCGCGAUAUAUAAAAAAUAAGAUUCCAGUUGCCGACUAAUGAAGAAUAUCUCAUUAGUAUCUCAUGACAAAUAUUUCGAUUCGGUUAAUUAAACUAAAAUUCCGCAAUUAUUUCCCCGCUUCGCGGCGCAAAUCGAUGCUGCGGUCUAACAAAACUCGCCACGUUUUCCAAGCGAAUUGCCGCUUAAGCCACGGUGAAAUUAAAUUUCUUGGUUUGUUUUUGUGGCGGGAAUAGUAGUGCGAAUCGUGUGUGUCGCAGGCAGAACGCAUGGCUUUACGUCGACUUUACACUACGGGAUUUAAAGAAUAGUGAGGCUUUUAUUUAAAAAAAAAAGAAACUAAAAGCGCUGUAUAGUACGCUGUUCCAGUAUUGUCCGCGGCAAAACAGCUUAUUAUAUCAAAUUAUUGAGGAGAAGAAACGUGUGACAAUAAAUUGACGUACUUACUGUCAAUUUGGAAAAAUGUAUUUGACUUUUUUCUAGCAAAAGUAAUAAAAAAAUCAUAGGAAUACAUGUUAGAUCAGAUAUUUAGAUGUCCAUAGAAAUAAAAUGUGACCAUGACAGAAAUACGAGCGCCUAUAUAGACUGAAAAAAAUUUUUUUUAAUGAUGAAAAUAUGAAACAGCGAGAGAGCUUUAUCAAAAGAGACUGUACAUUCGAAUCAAAUAUCUUAUCCAUCUCUCUUUCUAAAGCUUCAAUUUCAUAUGUAUAGUAAUGUAAUUACGUGCUAUACAAAUCAUCGUACAAAAGUCGUAGAAAUUUUUCCAUUUUUAAUUUGAAGCGCACGUCUCGGCGUGUCUCGAAAUUUUUUCCAUCCAUUUUCUUCUCUUUGCCGUAAAAUAAAAAGCGAUAUAACUUUAAAUGUAGAAGGAGAUAGCAGCGUUUAAUAUGCUAAUUUGAUUGUCCGUAGUUAUCAAAAUUCCUCUAAUCUGGAGUAGAUGUACGUGUAAAGAGAAGGAGAGUUUCAGAACUUUGAAGAAUUCUGCAACUGCUUCAGGCUAAAUUGGAAACUAGUUUCCGUCGGAUCAUCAAUGAUUUCACCGUCGUUGGCACUGUCCCUCGCGCCAUCAAUUUUUGAUGGCGCGCUUCCAACAGUGUACGCUCGCACUCAUCGGCGUGGAACAUCAUGCCGCUUUUCACUCGAACGUUUCGACAAACGCAGAUAAUUGAGAAUAAUUGCUGAGAAUCUGCAGGCGACACUAUAUCGACGUUACGUAAUCGCAAUUUGCCGCGCGAUAUUUUAUUGCAAGUAUUAUGUAACGGAACGUAACGAAGAAAGAAUAUUGCACAAACAAAAUUUCGAUAUUCACUUUUUUUCCCCACAUGCGGAUUUCCACAUUAAAUUCCUGUUAUUAUUUUACUCGAUAAACAAACACGUAUUUAUUUAGAGAGUUUUACAACGUGUAAAUCCCUAUUUUUUUGUUUUAUUUUAUCCUUCCCGGAUAACUUGAUAACCAUAUAUAUACCAACAUAUACCAAUAUACAUUGGUGUGUGUUAUUUUAUGAAUUGCGUUGCUUCUUGAAAUUCACGUACUAUCCGUUCUACGUCGAAUUGCACGUACGCUUAUAUCGAAUUCCCCAACAUAUAUUAUCGUGCGCCAUCUCUCAUCCUCACGUAACGGCGAAAUUAUAUGCGAGACAAGUAUCCCAGCAGUCCGGGCUGACAUACGCGGCAAAUUGGUGCUCAAAAGCGACUAACUGGAGCUCAUAUCAUCUUCCGAAUACCACCGAACCAAAAUGGUCGAAUACUGACAGGACGCUGAUUUGGCGGGACAGAUAUUUGGCCCUGAUCUAAAGGCUCGUUUAUUAACGUCCAUCGCGAAUUAAUGUCUCGUGACACUACGACCCGCAUCGCGAUCCUUGAUAUUGAUAUGCAUUGUAAUUGCUCGAUGAUCGAUUUAAAAAACCGAAUCGAUUUAACAUAAUCACUUUUAGGUCUAAUCUCAUUCGAAGGAAUAAAAGCGAAAAUCGAUGGAUUCGCAUAUUUUCUGUUUUUCGCGCGCCUCUUCAUUCAACUGAACCCUUGGCAGAAACGAUUCGACUUUCUUACGAGCGUGUUGUUUUCGACCCGGAAAAACGUUUGCGCAAGCAAAAGUUAGCGGUUCGUUCGAUAUAGCUUGCACAUAUGUGUAUUUAUAUCCGCGUAAACUUCGAUCAAAAGUGACUCACGCGGAGGUCGUCUUCCGGAAAUACUUUCCAGCCGUUUCUUUCCAUUGACAUAGGAUGAAGUACGCAUGUUCGAUUUUUCGCCGGUUGUUGGUUAAUGCAAGAACUUCAGCUUACGUUUGCGGUACGACAUUAGCUGACGCAACGUGGCGAAUGUCGCGCGAUAUAGCUCGCUACACAUAUAGUCCCAACGCGGAGACUAAGCAAGCACAAGUGGUUCGAUACACGAACAGCAAAUAUUGCCGUCAUAACAGCCACGUCUGUGUGAAAUAUAUCGCGAAAAACGCUCGAAUGGCGUUUCCAUUACCGACCAGUUGGUGGACUUUGAUUAAGUAUUCAGUACAAUUUGUUGAAUUAAGACGAGCUUGUGCAUUAUUGCAAUGCUAAUAGAGUUCUGUUUUAUUUAUUUUUUUUUCAUAAUUCAAUUACUGAACUCGCUUGAGCGCGCGCGUGAUAUUGCGCGAAGCAAUAAUUAAUUUUUAUAUGAUGCUUUUAUAAAUGAUAUUAAAUUCCCAUCAUACAAACGCGCGCGUCGAGAGCGCUCGGCUUUAAAUUAUAAUUAAUUUUCCCUAUCGCGAGUUUUCCGAUGUGCGUUUAAUUAUUCCUAUCGAAUCCGAGCCGGUACACUUUAAAAUUUACCGCAAAUAGCGUCGGGGUAGUGUGUAUCGUCCGCGUGCGAGCAUGCGAAAUCGAUUUCCGCGCAGUGAUGUAUCGCCAUGGCGAUGAAAGCUGAACGAGUGUUUGAUAAGGCAAAUAAAGUUAAAGUUAUGACGAAAUCGAUAAAGUUCGCCAAGGGAACCUCCUACGUAUUCACCUGUAUGUGUGCAACGCGCGUCAACGGUUGACUGACUUUAAUUAAUUCUACGAAAUUUCAAGAAGGACAAACUUCUCUUCGCUAAUAGAUCGUUUUCAACUUACGUUCCGCCGGCAGCUGUAAUCGGAGUUGUAAGAUCACUCGCGGCUCUAGGCAGGAAUGGCCAACGAUUAUUCUGUCUCGUCGAACGUGAGAUAACAACGUUUCACGUCGCGUAGCGGUGACAUCCGACAAACGGCGAGAAUUUAAUGGAGAUAGAAUGUGUGUGUAUGUGUGUGUGUGUGUGUCUUGAGAUAGAGAUAGAUCUCGUCGAGCGAAAUAAACUUGAAUCAGCAACCGAACUCUUUUCAUCGUCGGUUGUUAUUAGCCGAAAGUUCCUGGACGGACUCCAACUCGGAAUCGGUUUUAUUUGAUCGCCAACUUCUUGCUACACUUCCGAGAUCACUCGUGAGCCACUCUUACGAAGAUGUAAUAAUUGCCUUUGCCUGUUUUUUCCUCUUUCAGUCGGGUCAAUAUAUAUUGCUUCACUUAUAAAACGGAGGUUGCAAACACGGUUACAAAAAUAUAAACCUAAAUUUUAUAAUACAAUUUCAUUAGACUCGCAAUUACAUUUUUGUCAAGAUAAAUAUUAUUUUAUGACACAGCUCUUGUGUUGUUUAAUAAAAGAUUACAAAAGAUAUGCUUUUUGUAUCCCUCCGUUUACUGUACCUUGGCAAGACUUUUGUAAUUUUGCACUUAAUUCAUAUCUAGCUGCAUCAUAAAACGAGUUUCAACGGAUUUAUUAUUUAACACGGAAGUUACAAAGCUUCAAGCUAAUUAAACUUUUAUUGCAACAGAUUAAAAUUUUUCACGACAAUUAGCACAAGCUAUUAAGACAUUUUAAUAAUUAAAAAAAAUAACUUCAAAUUUUAUCCCAGUUGCAGUUUCAUUAUUAAUGUACACAAUUGUUUUAUUCCAUACACACACACAGAAAAAUAUUAUUCUCGUCUUAAGAAAAGCAAUUAUUUUUGUUUUAAGUAACGAUUAUCUUUUUUAUAUGCAUAAAAAAGAUUGAUCAAACAAAUUGAUUGCACAUUUACAAUUAUUUCAUAAAUAUGUUAUAAAGCCACAUAAAUUACCUUUUUAAAAACAUAUAUAGCUUGAGAGUAGCGAGCUUUGUACAGCACCUUGCACUAAGUCAAUCAACGUGCAUCCGAACACGUUAUUGCGCAUCGGCGCGGCGCUCGUGUCUGAGGAUACGUUAUAAGCAAUUAACUUGCGCAAUACUAACCCCCGAAAUACAACCGAUACGGAAAUCGGGCUUCAAAACUCUAUAAUCGGAUUCAAAGUUUCGCCCGCGGCGCUCCUGGUGUACGGGCUCGUCUUGUAACCACUACUCUCUGCAUUCGUGGUAAACUAAACCGAGUCUGAAACUAAGCGACUUAGAACUUACUUGGGGAAACUUCUAUUUCAUUACGUAAUCACGAUAUAGACGCCAGCGAUGUACGUUCUCGCAGUCAUUCUUGAACAUAGUUCACAUAGGAGUACAUGCGAUUCUCAGUAGGAUUGUGACGCAGAAUUUUCGCGGAAAAUUUGAUCUGAAGUCCGAGAAAGUCCGUUUCCAAGAAAGACAAUUAGAUCAGCGUAACAAGUUCGUUUCUAACUCCACACAGUAACCUUUGUAGAAGCCUUGAGAAGAAGCUACUGCAGCUGCUGAAAGAUGCCAUCUUUAAUGAAAGAGAAAUAUAUUUAUAAAUAUCACAAAGAGAAAAUUUAUCGAUGCAAUCGUCGUACUGAUUGCAUUUGAAAGUGUAUAUAAAUUACACAAGUUACAGCUUCGAACCUGCCAGCACAUUGCAAGAAAAGUGUCGCGUCUUAAAAAAAUAUUUUUAUAGAGUUUAUUAUUUCACAUCAUUUUGACGGUGAUAAAUAAAAGUACGCCUCAGUGUCAUAACUCGCGUUACACGCCAAGUUUAAACCCGUCAUAGCAUUCGCGAAAUGGUUUCCCGAGGAAAUUAUGUUAUCAGAAGAUAUAAGGAAGUCGGUAAUUAUAUUUAUACAGAGCACGCGCGGAACUUUUUUUUCCCUUUUCCUCGAGCGUCCCUUACCGAUAGAAUCUCUUAAUGGGGCGUGUCUCUAAACAAUCACUCGUAAAACAAGAACUUAUGUUUCUUUGCACAAUCUUUUUGCACGUGCUGGAUAAAACGAGCGAGAGUUUCCGGGACCGAAAUUUUAUCAAGGCUCCAACGCCGCCGGGAGAAACGGGCUUCCGCUACGGAAGUGGCUUAUCCGUAAAGGAAACAGGGUCCUUUUACGAAUAAGAGCGCAUGCUGUGAUUUCCACGGUCCCUCCCUAUCUUGAAAAGAACGCCGUGCAACGACAUUGCAUGCAUAUGUGAUCCCAUCAUAUAUAUGUGUAUGUAUAUAUAUAUAUGUAUAUAUAUAUAUUUAUGCACGUGUGUAUAUUCGUGCGGAGGACGCGAGCGAGAGGCGGCACACGUAAUGGCGAUACGAUGUUUUAAGGGAUAUAGGUCAGGGAUUCGCGGGAUCCUGUACGUGAAUGCUUCGGCGAUGUGUUGUUCUAUAUCGGCGGUUAACCUGAAUUUCGUAACGGCCAACAUCCGUCGAGAACGAAGCGCGAUUCGGCGAUUCGGUUGCGAGGUGCCCGGAAGAACGGAGCGGCGCAAUUUUUCCACCGCGAAUAAUUGGAAAUAUGAUUAUAGUUCGGCGGCGGCCGGCGCGAGAACUUCCUGCGCGAUGCGCUCAAGUUAAUUAACGUGCAAAUCUUAAAGUUUACACUCGACAUUAAAAUGUCAACGUAGCGCUCCACGUGGGUGCCACCUCGGGGUUUUUUUUUUCCUCUUCGCUGCGAACGUGUUCGCAAAAAUAUGAGACUGCGGAAAGUAGCGCGCAUUUUUCGCGUGCUCGGCAUAAACCACACUUGAGAUUUUAAAACGAUAAUUACACGCAAACGCAAAUUUACAAUGCAUUUUACAACGCGCAUAAAUGUUAACGUUCACUUUAUUGCUAGUUAAUAGAUGCUAUUGAAAUAUAAUUAAAUUAAUAAUAAAAUGUUAUUAGAAGUCCUCCAUUCUCUUAUCUUAUUUACAUUCCUUCUUUGUUAACUACUACUUGUUAUUAUAUUACAUUAUUUGAUGUUCUUUCCGAAGAUCGCUCGGUGAUAAGCGUUUAAGUUUUUUGCGCGAGCAAAGUUUGAUAUUUGCAUAAUUUCAUGUUGCUUUAUAAAAUUUAUUCUAGGACGCCGUUGGGACGCUUUAUGCAAAAUCCUUCACCGGAGCGCAACGUCGCUCGCAAUUUUUUAAUCGCGUGUUAAACGUAUAACCUCGACGGCUGAUGCCCGUGACAGUCGAUUAAUUGACGAUGAAUCUUUCAGUGAGCUAAUUCUUCGACCUCGCGUUCGCGAAAACAAUUAACGCUCGAUAGCUUUCCUCGAAGUCACCCCACUUUCUACGGAAUCGUCAUAUCCGACGAAAUACAGUAGCGUUCUAAUAAUCGAUAUUAAUUUCAGUAAGCGAUCGAUAAAAGUACGUAAUAAAAAAUAAUAAUAAAUUCCGAAAGAAAUGAGCUCACAAAGACCGACAUACGGUUGGAAUAAAAUAGAUAAUCUCGUAUGACAGAGUGCUUUUAAAAGUAAAGAAGAAGCAGAAUAACAUGUGACCGUACGUAUACCGCGAGUAACACAUAAAUCCAAAUUGAAUUUGCUGCUGGGAGGUAUUUCGAAAGGCCCGUUAUCAAUUUUUGUAAAAUCUCCGUGGACAAUCUGUCAAAGAAAUAUCUGGCGGGAUGUUGGAACUGUUCCAGUUUUUCUCCGAAGGGUAUUAAUUUAAGAGGAGGAGAAAGAGAAGGAAAAAAGGAACUUUCAUUUCGAACCUUUUUUUCAGGGUGUAAGCACCAUUAACCGUCGUAUGCUUCCUGUUAUGUCCAGCCAUUUUUCCAAUAUAUACGACAUGGCUGGCAUUGACCGCGCGCAAUCUUUUACAGCACAUUACAUUUAAGCUCGAGAACCUUUCUUAAACGGAUUUCGAGUCGAUCCUAUUUAUGCUGCGGCAGCGACGAAUCUAUACGGAGACUAAUGAAGCUUAAGCUUCCGUCCCCGUUGGUCACAAGAAGCUCCGUGAAUAAUUCAGUUCUUUUCCAACUUGUUGUCUAAUAAUAGAGAACAGCAACAACAACAAGCGCACAAUUCGUAUAAAAUUAACUACUAAAAUUUAAUAUUUCAUACAUACGCGAAUAUUACAGUUAAUUAAGGAAGCAUUAUCGUUCGAGAUCUAGGAGAAAGGUUGUUUUUAUUUAACUAUUUUAGAAGAUAUGCAAACAAUAUAUUUUAAUUUUAUGAAAAUCAUAAUUAUAUUCAUCAAAUGGUAAUACUUCUUCUCUUAUUAAUCUCAGGAAGAAAAGAGAAAAUAAAAAAAUAUAAUCAAAAUGUUACUUUGUAUUGCUAUAAACUAAAUUGUGUGUUUAUAAAAUUUUAUCAAUUUCUUAAAAUUAUGUAACAUUUUUCUCGUUUAAUUGUGUAAUAAAUUCAAUAACAAUGCUUUUUUUUUCUUUAAUUCAGUUAUCCGCUUGGAUGUAAAUUUAAAACUUACAAAAAUGAUUACUUUUAAGCCAAAAGACUCACCAUGUAUUUUAGACUGUGCGUAAACAUCAAAAUUCUAUUCAAGUUUACUCGAGAUUACUUCCUUUGAAAAUUUGAAGCCACGCCUUCGAACGGUUGGCGAAUAGAUACGACGACUUUGUACGUGAUUUCGACGAAUGCGCGCAAAGAAUUCGGUCCUUCAUACAUUUGUUAUCGCUCUUCUGCACCCAGUGUGUCAAAAGCCACGUCGACAUUCACCGAAACGUGUGUCGCGUUACUACAUUGUCAACUCAACCAUAAUAUCACAUGGUAUGUGAUAUCAUGGUUGAGUUGACAAUUAAAACGUAGAAAUGCACACCCAUUGUCCUUCUAUUUUCGAAUGAAAUUCAUCACGCUUCUGCCCUUCGAAUUGCAUCCUUAUUAUUUCAGUGAAGAACGUAUCAAUGACUUAUCGUCUCAGCUUUGAUUUAAUACUGCAAAUAUAUUUUCUAAAUAGUGCAAUAAAAAAAAUAACUGCUGGUAGUGGUUGAAAAUCAUAUAUCCUUUUACGAGUUUAAGAUUUAGGAGCAUUGAAUUUCUGGCGUUGACUUUCCUACGUAAUUUCACCUUCUCGACCGGAAGAAAGAUCGCCCGGGAGCGGCUUUUAUGAUAUUGCAUUAGCGUAAUUUUGCAUGUAGUAAGAGAGAUCGCAUUAUGGCGAUGGCGGUAAAGCUCUGCGUAGGCAGCGGUACGUACUUAUGCUCCGUUGAAUAUUUACGAUUGGCCUGUGUAAAAAAAUAGGGGAGCACAUCUUAAAGUUCGCCAUCAACAACGUCCCACGCACGCGGAAUAAAACAGCCGGCUAUAUUGCAACGCGAUCCCAAGUCCCCGUCUCAUAAUUCGUUGAGUAAGGAGUUGACGCCAGCGGACGGUGUCACGUGCGAAGAUGGAUCGAAACGAGACAUGAGUAAGGCACACGACGCCGUUAAGACUAUUUUUAGCUCUGAUUAUGCGUAAUAAAUCUCAAACCCUCCUGCCAAUUUAUGUAAUCAAACUUAAUCCAUAUAUAUACACGACCGCGUAU